AUGGAGGUUCCAGCAGCCAGCGAUGGUGUUCACCUGGCUGCAUACAGACCCAGUGUGAAGGCAGCUCCUGGGGGGUUGGAUGAGUCCUACCAGUGCUACAUUGAUGGGAGCAGCGUAGCAUCCCUGGGAUCAGAUGCUCUAACUGGCUACGAGACUCUGGAUGCCCCCCCACACUAUGACUUCUACGCCAACACAGAGGUGUACGGCCGACGGAGGCGCUUCAGACCCUCACUGUACCAGCUGCACGCUAACCCUGAGGCGGACUGCAGACCCCCGGUGUAUGAGGAGACAGUCUGUGGACAGCUUGAGGAAGGAGACAGCUCUGAGAAGGAAGAGGAGGGGGAGCAGCCGGAACCUGAACCCACCCGCUUCGGCUGGAUCCAGGGAGUCAUGGUCCGCUGCAUGUUGAACAUCUGGGGGGUGAUCCUGUACUUGAGGCUGACUUGGAUCACUGCUCAGGCUGGUAUUGGUCUGACCUGGGUGAUCAUCCUCCUCUCCUCCUUCAUCACUGGGAUCACCGGCCUCUCAACCUCCGCCAUCGCCACCAACGGCAAGGUCAAAGGAGGUGGGACCUACUUCCUGAUCAGUCGCAGCCUUGGUCCAGAGCUGGGGGGGUCCAUCGGUCUGAUCUUUGCGUUUGCAAAUGCUGUAGCUGUGGCCAUGCACACUGUGGGCUUUGCAGAGACUGUAAGAGACCUCAUGAGUGAACAUGGAGCUGUCAUGGUGGACCGAACCAAUGACAUCCGUAUCAUCGGCAUCAUUACUGUCACAUUACUACUGGGUAUCUCAAUGGCUGGCAUGGCGUGGGAGUCAAAGGCCCAGGUUCUGUUCUUCCUGGUCAUCAUGGUGUCAUUGGCAGAUUACAUUGUUGGAACGAUUAUCCCUGCUUCACCAGAAAAACAAGCUAAGGGUUUCUUCAGCUACAAAGCGGAUAUCUUUGUCGAAAACUUUGUGCCCAGGUGGCAGGGACCAGAGGGCAGCUUCUUCGGCAUGUUCUCCAUUUUCUUCCCCUCUGCUACUGGCAUCCUGGCAGGAGCUAACAUUUCUGGAGAUCUGAAGAAUCCAACAGAGGCAAUUCCCAAAGGAACACUGACAGCAAUAUUCUGGACCACCAUAUCCUACCUCAUCAUCUCUGCAACAAUCGGAUCCUGUGUGGUGCGGGACGCGUCCGGCCUGUUGAACGACACCCUGUCCCUGUCCCCCCCCAGUGAGGCUUGUGUUGGUUUAGCUUGUCAGUAUGGAUGGGACUUCACAGAGUGUAUCAAGAAUAACACAUGCACCUACGGUAUCAAUAACUACUAUCAGACGAUGAGCAUGGUGUCGGCAUUCAGCCCUCUCAUCACUGCGGGGAUAUUUGGAGCGACUCUGUCCUCUGCUCUGGCCUGCCUGGUGUCUGCUCCCAAAGUCUUUCAGUGUCUGUGUAAGGACAACCUGUACCCUCUUAUCGGCGUCUUUGGCAAAGGGUAUGGCAGGAAUGAUGAACCGCUCCGGGCCUACUUUCUAACGUACAUCAUCGCUGCCUGCUUCAUUCUUAUUGCUGAGUUGAACACCAUCGCUCCCAUCAUCUCCAACUUCUACCUCUGCUCCUACUGUCUGAUCAACUUCAGCUGCUUCCACGCCUCCAUCACCAACUCACCAGGUUGGCGUCCGUCCUUCAGGUUCUACAGUAAGUGGCUGUCUCUGCUGGUCUCUGUGUGUUGUCUGGUCAUCAUGUUCCUGCUCAGCUGGUGGGCGGCCCUCAUUGCCUUCGGCAUCGUCAUUGUCCUUUUGGGAUACACACUCUACAAGAAGCCUGCCGUAAACUGGGGCUCCUCGGUGCAGGCCGGCUCCUACAACAUGGCUCUCACCCAGUGUGUGGCCCUCAACCAGGUGGGGGACCAUGUCAAGAACUACAGGCCGCAGUGUCUGGUGCUGACCGGUCCUCCCAGCAGGAGACCAGCUCUGGUGGACCUGGUCUCCUGUCUCACAAAGAGCCUCAGUCUCAUGAUGUGUGGCAGUGUGGAGACUGCUGGUCCCUCCCCAUCAGUACUGGAAGAUGCGAGCUGUGAAGGUCAUGUGAUCUGGUUGAACCAACGGAAGGUCAAGUCAUUCUACAGAGGUGUGGCGGCUGCAGAUCUACGGUCAGGAGUUAACAUUCUGCUGCAGGGGGCAGGUCUGGGUCGUAUCAAGCCCAAUGUACUGCUGAUGGGCUUCAAGAAAGAUUGGCAGAGUGACACACCUCAGGCUGCACACAACUACAUAGGAAUACUGCAUGAUGCCUUCGACCUGCAGUACGGAGUGUGUAUCCUGAGACUGAGGGAGGGGCUGGAUGUCUCUCACACGGCUCAGUCACAUAUUAAUCCAGGCUUUGAUGAAGGACACGAGAGAAUACCUGUCCCUUCCCGGAUUCAGACAAGAACUUCAUCUUCUGAAUUCAUUGAACCAGGACCUCAGUUGAGUACAAUGUUCCAGAAAAAUCAAGGGAAGAAGACCAUCGAUGUGUACUGGCUGUCUGAUGACGGAGGUCUGACCCUGCUGCUGCCCUACCUGCUGACUCGGAGGAAGCGCUGGGCCAGAUGUAAGGUCCGAGUGUUUGUGGGGGGGGAGACAGAGCAGAAGGACGAGCAGAGAGAGAAGGUGUUGGCACUGAUCAAGAAAUUCCGCCUUGGUUUCCAUGACGUUGAAGUGCUUCCUGACAUCUACCAAAAACCCCAGCUGGGAAAUGUUCAUCAGUUUGAGAAUAUGGUGGGUCGCUUCAAGAUUGAAACAAAUCCCAAACAGGACUCUGAUUGUGAUCUACCAAGACAAGAGGAGCCGUCGAUGAUCACUGACCAGGAUCUGGAGAGGAACAGGGCCAAGUCUCUUCGUCAGAUUCGUCUAAGUGAGGUUCUGCAGGAUUACUCCAGAGAAGCUGCUCUGAUUGUUAUCACCAUGCCAGUGGGGAGGAAAGGGGUGUGUCCCAACACUCUCUACAUGGCCUGGCUGGACUUCCUGUCUCGAGAUCUGAGAGCUCCCAUCCUAUUGGUCAGGGGAAACCAGGAAAACGUCCUCACCUACUACUGCCAAUAAAUG